AUGUCUGGACGGAGCCAGAAUAUUUCUUUCAAUUCCUUCGACGAGUUCGACCCAGAGUCGGUUCGCAAGCUUACAGACUUCACCAUGAGCAGCUGGGUCAGGAAGCUGGGAGAAGCAGAAGUGUUUGAAACGGACAUGCAGCACCUAAUUCUCAACUACCUGACUAUCAACGGCCUUGUUGGCCCAGCGGAGGAGUUCAUAAGAGAAGCCCGCAUAGAUCCUCAAAUGCCGCUCCACUGCAUCGACUGCAGGGCGAAGAUCCGCGAGGCCAUUCUGGCUGGUCGGACAGAAGAUGCAAUUCGUCAAAUAAGCUGUAUAGACCCCAUGCUCCUGAAUGCAGAUGCUGAGGUUACGUUCUUGCUACAUAAACAACAGCUCUUGCGGCUCAUCGAGGCGGGAGACCCGGAAUUGGCCAUCGAUUUCGCGCAGCAAAACCUUGCCCCUUGUGUCAAGGAGUGUCCGCACUUGCUUCCGCAGCUGGAGGAGGCGAUGACUCUCUUGGCGUUUAACGACCUGAACUGUCCGGAGGCCCAACGGCUCAUAGGAGGGAUGGAACAACGAGAGAAAACAGCAAAACGAAUUGACGAAGCAAUCCUUGAUUUGUACAGAAUCGAGCAAGAGUCCGCUUUGGAACUUCUGGCAAAGAAUGCUCUCUUUAGUCAGGGGUGUCUCCAUAACGCUCCUCAAGAAGAGCCGCAAGAAGCAGGUCACCGCAGACAGAGUCAGUUGGCAUUAAGCACGCCUGAUCCGGGGACGGUUGCUUACAGUAGCCAAGAUAGGGAACACUCAAGGGAAUUUGGCAGGAGACGUAGGGCCGAUGGGGCCUUCGCCAAGCAUUUGGCUGAAGCAACCACGAAACCAGAAGCCAUUGCAAGAUUUCCUAGUGCCGUUACAUAA